UCAUUUGGCCUUAAAAUUGGAUGCGUAUCAUCGCGAUUCUCAGUGCGAUUGUUCUUCCAACUGUUCACACGAAGGAUACCGGAUCGCCGUCGCCCUGGUAAAUCGCCUCAACACUGAUGGUGAGUUUGAGCCCAUGAAAACCAAAGCUAAGAAGUUUGCCCAAGAUGUCCGAACCACGUGGUUUCAAGAUCUCGGAUGUGACGACAAUGUCCUCAUAUUCUACAGUCUCUACGAUGACGAGUUAUACAUUUCACUUGGAGAAACGGUGGAAAGAGUCAUCUCUGAUAUUGAACUCGUCCGACUGAACAGGAUCGGUGAUCAAGCCUUAGUUGGGAAGAUAGUUUCCACGCCCUCGCCGCAAGCUGGCGCUGUUCAAUUCAACGAUUCUUUCACCAUCGUGCCGACCACAACCAUCAUCGACAUGGCGCAGCGCAAGACGACCACGGGCGAGGGCAUGAAUACGCUUGUCGACGUCGUCCACGUUGCGAUCGUCAACGGACCCAGUGUUUCGUCCAAGUUAGUGUAUGGGGCGGCGGUACCCGUCCUUUUGGUGCUGAUUAUCCUAAUAAUGUGCCUAUUGGCUAACUGGUGCUGUCGCCCCGCCUACGGCUACCACCAGCCAGCCCAACGAACCAAUAAGAAGACAGAAAAAGAGGAAGAGGAGGAGCUAGAGGAGGAGGAGGAGGAGGAGAAAGAGAAAGUGUGAUAAUUUCAAUGUAUCUCCAUUUGAAAAUUCAUAUCCCCCCGCGCUAGAUAGACCUCUGCUCAAGUUACAUUAUCAUUUAACAAAACAUUUGGAUCAUGUUUCGGUAUGGUAAAGUAAAGAUCAACCACAGUAACGUGAUUUGUUGAUUUAAUAACAACACAAUACAUUUUAAAAUUCACACAAAGCACUGCAUGAAUAAAUAUAUUUUAAUACAAAGCAUUAUUACAUUAAGCAUUCCUACAAAGUAUCGAACAAUUAGAUGUAACUAUAUAGCUACUUUCAAUCUAUUUAUUUACAGAAGUUAUCAGUCAAUGAUCACGGCCUAAUACAUUAUGUCAAGAAAGAGGAAAAUACAGUUAUCGAGAAAAUUAUCAAAAACUUUAUUUAAUUGUAAUGCAAGCCAACUAAUGUGGAUAAAAAUCAAUUUAAAUGAAACUAUGUAAUUAUAUUGUAAUGAAUUUUAUAACCGAUAUGACCAAUAAAGAGACAGUUUUAAAAUCCCAAACCUAUUCUAUAAAACUACAUGGAGCACAGAUUCGAUAGAUGAAGAAAUCACGCGCUAUGUUCUUUAAAUGAAUUGUCUUGCAGAUGAAACAUUAAUGAAACAUGCACAAAUUUCCUUCACAAUUUAAAGUAUACAUACAGAUUUUUUAACCAACCCAAAAGUUGGUUAAAAUAAGAACUGAUCUAUUGUUGGAUAAACAAAUACCAAUUUGUUUUGCAUGUCAUUUUCUUUUAACCAACGGUCCAGGUUUAUUUUUUAACCAACUUAUAGGUUGGCGAAAAAUUUCUGAUAGCUUACACUCAAAUCCUAACUAUACUUCAUGUUUCUACCUUGAUAAUUUAUAAAAUGACUAAACCUUGGAGAAAUCUCAUACUCAAAUCCAUUUGCAGAGUAUUCUUUCAUGAUUGACAACAGGUUAAUAAGCAUCUUUGGCAUCCCUGUACUGGAAAGAACAUAGCGUUUGCCACAGUGUGAAACACAAUGUGAUAUCACACUGUGUGAAUCACAUAUCACGUGAUCUCUCCUGAAACACAUAUUAACAAUAGUCGACCAUGUGAACAGUCACACAGUAUAGGUGUCCACAGUGUGCUAAAUACCUUCACACUGUUAAAUUUGAGCAUUUCAAGUGUGUGGAUAACGUAUUCACAAUAGUCGUUCAUGUGAACAGUCACACUGUCGAGGUGUCC